CAACCGGAGUUCAGUUUACCGUCAUUCCUCCUUCGCGUUGUCUCUGCCUUCAAAAUACAACAUUUGGACGAAGGGCAUACCACCUCCACUUCAGGGAAAACGGAUACUUUUGCAGAUAAACAUUUCACAUUGCUUAAUUUGAAUGGAAGAAGGCGCUAUCAAGUCAAGUGGUGUCCAACCUACCACUUCAAACAAAACGGCCUCGUCUCGCUCUCAAGUCAAUCGUUUGCUACUUCCUUAUAGUUAUAGUAGCUAGAUAUUUUUUAACAAGGAUUUGAACUCUAGCCAGCGGUGGGUCUAAGUUAGCUAACUGAAAACGCAGUUAACCUUUUGAAUAGCAAAAAAGUGGUUUAUAUUUUAAGCUAUUUUCUAACGCGUUGAAUAGCUGAUGUCGCUAAAGUUAGCUAACUGCUAUCUCGUUUCUUUUGGGUUCUACUGCCUGGAAAUAUUGCUUGGAUUUGCAACCAGCUAAGUUAACGUUGGCUAGUUUGACAGUUAGCUAAUGUCAUUAUCUCAGUUAACGUACUGUAUUGCUUUCUAAUGCAUAAAGCGAGAUAGUCGACUUCUAAAGUAGCUAGGAGGCUAAAGAAGCAUCCUUAAACAAGGAAGUCAGAAUUAACUAUGCCAGUUGUACCAUUGUUUUUGUUCAAUACCGUGCAAUGAGAGGGUGACUCACUGGAGGCUUUUUUUUAAAUUGCACGUAGUAGUUUGAGCUGCACGUAGUAGUUUGAGCUGCAGUGGGCACGAGCAAAUAGCGGAAUUUAUCGUCAAUACCAUUCUUCGCAGCUUUGCCAUCUUUUGUCCCGUAUUUCGAUAGUUAGGAUAGAUACCUAGCCAGCUGACUCGAGGGCAAAAUGAUUCCAGACAAAGCACCGAAGGAGGACGUAUUUCAUGCAGGAGGAGACUUGAAGAAGGAAGCUCAUGUACCCAACUUUGAGAAGUACAAAGAACUCUACCUGAAGUCUAUUGAACAUCCAGAUGAGUUCUGGGGUGACAUUGCAAAAGACUUCUACUGGAAGUCGAAGCACACGGGCCAGUUCAUGGACUACAACUUUGAUGUGACAAAGGGGGAGAUCUACAUCAAGUGCAUGGAGGGGGCCACCACCAACAUCUGCUACAACGUCCUGGACUGUAACGUUCAUGAGAGGAGGCUAGGGGACAAAGUGGCAUUCUACUGGGAAGGGAACGAGCCUGGUGACGAGAUGACGGUGACAUACAGAGAGCUGCUCCAGCAGGUUUGCCAGUUUGCCAAUGUGCUCAAGUCCCAGGGGGUGAAGAAGGGAGACCGCGUGUCCAUCUACAUGCCAAUGGUGGUGGAGCUGGUGGUGGCCAUGCUGGCCUGUGUCCGCAUCGGGGCUGUGCACUCAAUCGUGUUUGCAGGCUUUUCGGCAGAGUCGCUGUGCGAGAGGAUCCUGGACUCCCAGUGCUCGUUGCUGAUCACGGCCGAUGGCUUCUACAGAGGAGAUAAGCUCAUCAACCUGAAGGUGAUCGCUGACGACGCGCUACAGAAAUGCAGGGACAGGAGUUUCCCAGUACAGAGGUGUAUCAUGCUUAAACACCUGUCCAAGGAGGUGGAGGCCAUUCCCCUCAGCUCUCAGUCUCCCCCAGCCAAGCGGCCCUGUCCUGACCUGCAGCAGGAGAAACAGAAAGACAGAGUAAAGAAAAUCCGUCCCGUCCCUCAGGUGCCGUGGAACCCUGAGGUGGAUCAGUGCUGGCUCAGCCUGCUGAGUGGUGUGUCUGAGGAAUGUGAACCAGAGUGGUGUGACUCUGAGGAUCCCCUCUUCAUCCUCUACACUAGUGGCUCCACCGGGAAACCCAAGGGUGUGCUACACACGAUCGGUGGCUAUAUGCUCUACGUGGCCACCACCUUCAAACUGGUGUUUGACUACCAUCCUGACGAUGUGUACUGGUGCACGGCCGACAUCGGCUGGAUCACGGGUCACUCCUACAUCACCUACGGGCCCCUGGCUAACGGGGCCACCAGUGUCCUGUUCGAGGGUCUGCCCACCUAUCCGGACGUCAGCCGCAUGUGGGAGAUAGUGGACAAGUACCAAGUCACCAAGUUUUACACGGCGCCCACAGCCAUCCGCCUCCUCAUGAAGUAUGGGUGCGAGCCCGUCCAGAAGUACAAGCGGGAUUCUCUGAAGGUGCUGGGGACGGUGGGGGAGCCCAUCAACCCGGAGGCGUGGCAGUGGUACUACAGCGUGGUGGGGGAGAAGAGGUGCCCCGUGGUCGACACCUUCUGGCAGACUGAGACCGGUGGCCACGUGUUGACUCCUCUACCUGCUGCCACGCCCAUGAAGCCUGGCUCUGCUACGUUUCCUUUCUUUGGAGUUGUCCCUGCCAUUUUGAAUGAGUCUGGGGAGGAGCUUGAGGGACCAAGCGAGGGUUACCUGGUGUUCAAACAGCCUUGGCCAGGAGUCAUGAGGACUGUGUAUGGGAACCACCAGAGGUUUGAGACCACCUACUUUGAGCAAUUCCCAGGAUACUACGUCACUGGUGACGGUUGCCGUAGAGAUAAGGACGGGUAUUACUGGAUCACAGGGAGGAUAGAUGACAUGUUGAAUGUCUCAGGUCACCUGCUGAGCACAGCAGAGGUGGAGUCAGCCCUGGUGGAGCACGAGGCGGUGGUCGAGGCAGCGGUAGUUAGCAGGCCGCACCCUGUCAAAGGGGAGAGUCUCUACUGCUUCGUCACGCUUACCGACGGAGUCAGCUUCAGCCGCACCCUGGAGGCCCAGUUAAAGAAACAAGUGAGAGAGAAGAUUGGUGCCAUUGCCACUCCAGACUUUAUACAGAAUGCUCCAGGCCUUCCCAAGACCAGAUCAGGUAAGAUCAUGCGGCGUGUGCUACGUAAGAUUGCCCGUAACGAGCGAGACCUGGGCGACGUGUCCACGCUAGCCGACUCCUCGGUCAUCGAACUGCUCUUCCAGAACCGCUGCUGUGGCGCAGUGUGAGCUCACAACUACAGAGGAGGCCAGAGAGCCCUGACUUACCGAGGGCUAAACGAGGAGCAGAAGGAGAUGUAUAAAUGUAACUGUAGAGCCUUCACUGUGGGACUCAAGCCAACACUGGGGUUAAAGAAACACAACAAAAUCCCUCUAGUUUGUCAGAAGUUCAGUUCUCCCCUCUUAUGAAGUACACUUGAUGUACUAUUAGAUUCAAAAAUUCAUUUUUUUUUCUCUCCAUUUGAACUAUGUAGACUUUUGUCAUUUUGUCCUUUUUAUUUCAUUGCCGUUUGACAAAGAUCGCUAUGCAUGUUUGUCUGCACGCUUGAAAUGUUUUAAGUUGUUGAGAUGCAUUUUCCACUCCAUCGUUGUCUUCUGGAGGCGGAGGGGGCUUGUUAGUGUGUACUAGCAGAACUGCGCUGAACACUCCCCUUUCCUCUGUUUUGACUGGGUUGAUUGUAUUAGAAAUAAAUCCAAGGUCCCCCUUUGAAGAAAUAAAUGAAGGAUAACUGAAGCCUUCAUAAACCCUUUUAUAUGGCCUAUGUCAUUCACCAGCAACUGUCAUGCUAUUUAAGAGGGUCUGACGGGUUAUACCACACUUGGCAGAUUCAAGGACCUGUUCUAUUACCCUUUAUAUAUGGCUUUGCUUAUACACAGUGUACUAAACGUUAAGAACACCUUAAUAUUGAGUUGCACCCCCCCCCCCUUGCCCUCAGAACAGCCUCAAUUCGUCGGGGCAUAAACUCUACAAGGUGUCGCAAGCUUUCCACGGCUUUCACCUGGUCAGUCUGUCAUGGAAAGAGCAGGUGUUUCUAAUGUUUUGUAACUCAGUGUAUAUGAUUUGUGAAGAACUUAUUUAGUCCUUAUGAAGUCUUGAAAUCCUUUACAAGUUGUUUAAAGUGGGACCAAACAUACAAUGCAAGACCUGUUUAAAUUUAUUCUAGUAUUUUAAAUAUAUAUUUCAUAAGCCAUCAUUGUGUUCAUGUGCCAACAUUGUAAAAAAGAAAAAAAAAGACUAAGCUAUAUGUUUUGAAAGCAUUUGUCUGUAUUAUGUCACAUGUUUUUAUGUUUUGAAAGCAUUUGUCUGUAUUAUGUCACAUGUUUUUAUGUUUUGAAAGCAUUUGUCUGUAUUAUGUCACAUGUUUUUAUGUUUUGAAAGCAUUUGUCUGUAUUAUGUCACAUGUUUUUGUUUUGAAAGCAUUUGUCUGUAUUAUGUCACAUGUUUUUAUGUUUUGAAAGCAUUUGUCUGUAUUAUGUCACAUGUUUUUAUGUUUUGCAGUUUUAUCUUUUUGUUGCCCCUUUGUAUCAAAGCGACAUGCAAUAACAGUAAACGGACUGACUGCUUCCUGCGAUCUGUUUUUAUUAUUUUGGGAUAUAAACCUGGGUUCGAGGCACCAAAUGGUAGAAAACAAACCAACAGGGAGAGACUACUUGGACUUUACAUUUCUUUUCAUUUUCUGUUGUAAAACUUUAAAAAAUGUUUUCCAUUGCAUGUCCUAAUGAGUACAACUCUGUGCUGGGCAUGUUGGAGCGCUGUAAUCGUUCUAUUCAUUCAGCUGCGUCUCUCUCAUCUCACACCUUUGCAGUGCUUCUUGACCUUUCCUAUGUUUCCAGUAGAUGGUGCUAUUAUUAUACAAGACCUACAGUAUACUGUGUUCAGUUAUUAGCUAGACUCCUUAGUUGCUACAUCCGUUUUUACUCAUAAAUGAAUAAUGUAUAUAUCCAUUGUUUCUUGAAAAAGGUAUCUUAAAUGCCUCAUGGGCUUAGUUUAACUGGCGUACACCAUCAGAACCCUAUAAGCUUGUUUUACUCCAAACACGGUUAAACUGUAAUUUUAAUAUCAAGGAUGGUCAGACAUUGCAGCCAUAGCUCUAUCUAUGAAUCUGUGUGGUUCCAUUUCUCCAGGCCCAUCCCUCAACUUUUACAGAAACAAAGGCUAUUGACUGCUUUGUUAUUGUUUCAAUUAAGGACUCUAGUUUUAAAGAACAGGAUCUUUGGGUAUCCGACAUAAAGAAUGAUAGAGUCCUGUAGUGGCCAGAAGGCCCUAUUAGCAUGGGCAGUGCCGUUGAAUGCUUUCCACCAUUUUAGAAUAGUCAUUGGGUGGGACUUCCAACUUCAUUGGCUGAUCCCUCCUGGUGACCAUGUUGGGUCAUGGCCAACCGUGUCAUCAGGAGGGAUCAGCCAAACGUGAAGAAGCAAAUUGACUACUUCGAAAUGGAGAUGGCCUCUAUGGCACUGCCCGUGCUGUCACAAACGCUAUAAUGGCACAGAUACAAAGACGAGUCCUCUAUAUAGUAUCUGACUGGACAUGACAUGAGUCGAUGUAAUGAUGAUUUAUUUAGUUCCUGAAUCAGAAUACUCUAGGUAGGAGACGGGAAUACUCCUGACACCAUACUUCCCUAAAUCAGCCUUACUGCUUUAUGCUACGCUGACUGUUAAAACAACUAGGGGCUUCUUCAUCUUGUCGAUAAUUGACAUUUGUCUGCAAUAAUUGCCUUUUUUAGUAUUUUUUUUCAAGGUCACGUGGAUACAUUAUUAUAAGAUGAGUAAACAAGUCCUUAAUCUAUCCCUGUUUUUUUGUGUCGCAUCCAUUUUUCUGGUCAUUUGAUUGAAUCAUAAAAUAGUCUAAUAUUGGAAAGUGUGAAUGUAUUAAAGAAUAUGCUACUGCUGUAAAUUUAAGUAAUUAUGUGUGUACUGUCUGGCUUGCUUAUAUAAUUGAGUUGUAGCUGACCCAUUAUUAUUUUGUAUUGUUUGUUCAUGCUCUGCUUCAUCAACUGCCUAUUUAACUGGAAGCCACCAGCCAGUAUCCUGUAGAAUCGAAGAUGAAUAAAUAUAUUAAUGAUCCA